UUUAGAUUUCUGGAACCAUUUCUGAGAAGGCUGCAGCUGUACGUGAACAGGAAUAAGUUCAACCUCCUUGUAUGGAAGUUUGUUUGAAGGGAGCUGAGGGUAAAUCUGCGAAGGGACAAAGAGUAAGUUAUGGCAGAGGAGAAAGAACAGGAAAAUAUUGAAGAGAAAAACAAGUCUCCAUGGGUAUUGAGGAAUGAUAAAGAUUAGCUUUAUUUCUCAGAUGGACAUUGAAACAUGCAGCAAAAUGGCUUCCGGUAAGAUGGCGGUGUGCUUGGUCACAGUGCCAUCUACGUGAUCAACCAAAGGUGUUACUGUCCUUCAUAAACAUAUUUUUUACAAUUGCAUCACCCUGCUGGGCAUUAAGAACUUAAAGUACUGCAGGUCUACCCCAUCAGUGAGUCCUCGAUGGUGGAGAAAGUGAAGGAGCUGGACGGUGUGGACCGCGACGCUGCCUGCCACAGAGAGGUGUUGGAGGAGUCAGUGUGCAAAAACGGUGUGCAGCCUAACAGCGACUGAUCGUCUCAGUCACUUCUCUUCUGAUCACAAAACCCUGUUGGACAUAGUUAAUGUGGGAUGCUGCAAUUCAGAAUCACUGAUUUAUUGGUGAAUGGCGGGUGAGCUGUGUGACCUCUGGCCUAGUGGGGAUUGGCCUCAGGCCGCAGGUCGCCUGUUUACAGCCUUGUAGGAGAGAGGCAUUGGAGUUGGGGCACUCCAUUGAGAUGGUACAGCACCGAGUCCAGCCAGAGGUGGUGCUGCCCCCUAGUGCUUGCUCAGCAGAAGACAAGCCAUAUUGUCAUCAACUGCGGAUUGAUGCAACACUUACAGACUCAAGGUUUUGGACUAUACUGAUUUUUGUGUGACUGUAUUUUACUUAUAUGUGCAACAUGUGCCUUGAUUGUCGGUGUUGUUUUGGACCUUGCACCUGGAGUAACGCUGUUUUGCUUGGCUGUAUUCAAGGUGUGGUUGAGUGACAAUUAAAUUUGAAUGUGUUAUUUGUGCCAAAUCAAAUCAGUGAGGAUUGUGCUGGGCAGCCUGCAAGUGUAGCCAUGCUUCUGGAGCUGACAUGACAUGGCCAUAACUCACUAAACCUAACAGUGGGAAGAAAUCACAGCACCCAAAGGAAACCCAUGCGGUCACGGGUACUCCUUCCAGACAGUGCCGGGAAUUGAACCCUGAUCCUAAGGCUGGGACUGUAAUAGAUCUGCUAACUGCUUUACCACCUACCUGAAUGCAAGGAUAGAUUGUACAGUAUUGAGUUCAGUUCUGGUCACUUCAUUAUAGGGAGGAUGUGGAAGCUUUAGAGAGGGUGCAGAGAUUUACCAGGAUGCUUCCUGGAUUAGAGAGCCUAUCUUAUGAGGAUUGGCUGAGUGAGCUCGGGCUUUUCCCUUUGGAGUGAAGAAGGAUGAGAGGUGACUUGAUAGAGGUGUACAAGAUGAUAAGAGGCAUAGACAGAGUGCACAGCCAGAGACAUUUUUUCAGAGAAGAAAUGCCUAAUACAAGGUGGCGUAAUUUUAAGGUGAUUGGAGAAAUGAAUGGGGGGAUGUCGAAGACAAGAUUUUGACACAGAGAGUGGUGGGUAUGUGGCGAUAAAGGCAGAUGCAUAAGGGACAUCUAAGAAACUCUCGGAUAAAAGGAAAAUGAAUGUCCUCAUAACUCCCUCUACACUCUCUCCUACAGCUCUGUAAAGAGGUGACCUGAACUCUUUAUGGCCCCAAACACUGACUGUACUCUUUUCCUCGAUGCUGUCUGGCCUGCUAAGUUCCUCCAGCGUUGUGUGUGUGUGUUGCUCAGAUUCCUGGCAACUGCAGAUUUUCUCUUGUGAACUCUCUCUGUCCAUCACCAUUCCUUACCACUUACUGUUUUUGUCCAAUCACUCGUGUACUUGACUUCUGAAAAUCCAUCGCCUCGCUGCUGUCAGGAUUAAAUUCCAUCUGCCCAUCUUCCCAUCUGAUCUGCAUCACGUUUUCGCCUCAGCCAAACUUCCUCACUAUCCACAACACCACCAACUUCUCUGUCAGCUACAUCCUUAUCAAUCACGCCUGCUACAUCUGCACAUAGGUCAAGGUAGCACAGCAGCAUCGUGGUUAGCAUAACCAGCGAUCGGGGUUCAAUUCCUGCCGCUGUCUGUGAGGAGUCUGUACGUUCUCCCCACGACCGCAUGGGUUUCCUCCGGGUGCCCCAGCCUGCUCCCACAUUCCGUCGAGUACAGGUUAGAGUUAGUAAGCUAUGGUUGCCGUGAUGACGCUGGUAACAUGGUGACACUAGCAGGGUGCCCCGGCACAUCCUCUGAUUGUGUUGGUACGCAUUCCACUGUAUGUUUCAAUAUUUUGAUGUACAUGUGGCAAAAAAAUUUCAGGAUGUAUAUUGUAUACAUUUCUCUGAUAUUAAAUGUACCUAUCGAGCAAAUAAAAACGAAUCUUUGAGUCAAUAAAAUGUAUCACAAAGAGGAACAAACACCGAUCCCGGUAGACGUACGAACAUCUACCACCGGCCCCUGCCUCUUCUCACAGGGCCAGAGUUGGUUCUGUAUUGCUAGUUCACUCUGACUCCAUGGUGAGAGAGCAGGGACUCAUGGGACUGCUGUUACAGAGUGAGCACAUGAAUAUAAAACAGAGAACGAUACAGCACAACAUUGAGCCGAACCAACCGAAUGAGUAAUCAGAUGGACAACUUAUCUCUUCUGCCUUCCCAGUGUCCAUAUCCCUCACAUUCACGUGCCCAUCUAAACAUCUCUUAAAAGUCUCUAAUGUUACCGUCUCUACCACCACCACAGGCAAUGUAUUCCAGACACCCACCACUCUCUGUGUAAAAGAACCUGCCCCUCACAUCCCCUUUGAAAUUACCCACUAUCACCUUAGAUGUAUGCCCUCUGGUGUUAGAAAAAGAUAUUGUCCAUCUGUCUAUCUAUGCUUCUCAUAAACUUAUAAACCUCAGCCUCCACUCCUCCAGAGAAAACACUCCAAGUUUGUCCAACCUCUAGUUCCAGCACAAGCCUAGUAAUCCAGGCAGAGUCCUGGUAAACCUCUUCUGCACCCUCUCCAAAGUCUUAACAUCCUCCCUAUAAUGGAACAGGCGGGUCUGUCACAACCUAAAUAGAGUUUUAUAAAGCUGCAAAGUAACUUUCUGACUUUUGAACUCAGUGUUUUGGUUAAUAAAGGCAAGCAUGCCAUAUGCCUUCUUAGCCACCCUAUCAACCCGUAUUUGUAUUUAUCAUGAUUUUUUUUAUUUUUGAGUUCUUUAUCUCAUUGUUUUUUUUGUGCUGCAUCAUAUCCGGGUAACAAUUGCUUCAUUCUCCUUUACACAUGUACUGGAAAUGACAUUAAAUGCUGUGUCUGUAAAACUACAUCUCAAAUAAAUAAAUGCUCACACUUGGAGGUGAAGUUAACAUGUAUAUUCAUUUUGCAGAGAGCAACACGUCAACGUGUCUGGGUAAGUUAUCAGUCAAUAAUCAGUGCUAAGGAGAGUCAUUGUGCUAAAAGAAAUAGAUUUGUAACUACACUUCCUCCCCUUUAGAUUAGCGUAACAUGAAACUGUGUAUGUACAAAGCAUUCAAUUUUCCUUUAACAGGCUGUGUUCAAAUAAACAUGCUUGCACAAUAACAGUGAUUUUUCAAAAUAACGGUACAUAACUAACUUCGCUAUACCUGUACUAAAGAUUCAGUCUGUUGGGUGGCGCUCUGCUUCUUUCAGGAUAACACCUCUGGAACUGUGGAGUGGCAUCGGGUUGGGUAGGCAUUGUGUCAAGGACAACUUUCUCUGUUGCCGGUGUCAUGUUGUUGUCAGUGACGUGAUCAUCACUGAGAGGCAAGUCCGUUGGCUGUAAUGUGUCCACCUUGUUGGAUGCAGUCCACUCAGGUGUGGUCUUCAGCUGAGUAUCCAGAAUCUGGUCCACGAGCGUCUCCGUGUAUGAUCUCCAACAUCCACUCUGUACAACUUGUACAGUACAUCCACUUCUUGUACCUAUUCUACCAGGUGUCUUCUCAGUAAUCACGCACUAGGACUUCCUGUCCAACUUUGAAGAAAGUUGCUGGUUCACUUGGCAACUGGUUGAAUUGUUUACUUCCCUCUAUGGAUCUGGUUUCAGGAGGUCUAUGCAAGAUCCUGGAUUCCUGUUCAUGAACAGCACUGCAGGUGUUUGAUGUGUCAUCACACAGAGUACUGAUACACAAGAAGGAAGUUGUCCACUCUGUGCAAAGUCUGAGAGGCCAUAGACUGGCCAAAUCCCUGGAAGGCUCAUUCUGAAUUUAGGAGAAGAGAUGGGAGUACAGAGAAUGUACAAAGGUUAAAAAAGUUCAAAGUUGCUUCAGUUUGACGACAUCUCAUCUUGGUAGUUAUGAACAAAAAUCAAAGUACAGUAUGCAGCUGCAUUUCAUAGAGAGGAAUGUUAGUCUGCAUCAUAGAAACUGGCCCAUUGUGCCUAUGCUGGGCCUCCGUACUAAUGCUAUUUACCAGCACUUUGUAGCCAUUUUGCCUUCGUGGGUCAAGCUGUCGUCUCCAUUGAUAUUUCAAUGGUUAAUGCCUGUUCUGAAGUUAGGAUUCUUUCUGACAGUAGCCUUUUUUGAGUGCUUUGACUAUGCAUGCCACAAACAAGCCUGUUCCUUAAUGCAUCAGAAAGUCCAUCUCCAAAGUCACAGUACUGGGGAAGUUUGCACAGUUCUGCAAUGUAUUCAGGAAUGCUUUCAUCUUUGACUGGUUGCUUUUGUGAAACCUAAAUCUCUUGGCUAUUCCUAGUGGUUUUGGGCUCAAGCGAUUUUGUAACUUUUCAACAAUCUCAUUGAAUGUCUUGCUUGCUGGCGUUUCAGGAGCUUCCAAGUUGUGUAAGAGACUCUAUAUUUUAGCACCCAUUAAGCUAAGAAGUGCGUCGGCUUUCUUUUCCUCAUCCACAUCGUCAGCAUUACAAUACAGUUCAGUCCACACAAUAGAUUCCCAGUCCUCAUUAGCACAAUAAAAUUUGUCAACUUUCUGACUAUCGUCGUGUUAUUUUCACUUUGGCUUUGCUAGUUGUGUGACUCUCUCUGUGCACCUUGCACUGUCAUUCACGCAUUCCUGACUGCCUUCUCUGUGCUGAUUCACACUUUCCUCUGGCUGUCUCUCUCCCUUCCUCCAAGUUCUGUCACCUCAGUUAUUCGCUGUCAUUCAGGGUCAUACUCAUGACCAAUUUGUUGUGUCUGUGCAACUGUUCUUCAGAUAAAUUAAAGCAGACAGCUGCAGGUGAAGUUAACUUGUAUAUUUUCACUUUGGAGCGAGAGAGAGAGAAAAAAAAUCAAUGCGUAACAGGUAAGUUAUCAGUUAAUAAUUGGUGCUAAGGUGAGUCAAUGUGAUAAAAGAAAUAGAUUUGUACAACUACAUUAAACUACCUUGAAUCUUAAACUCACAAACACAAAGUGCUGGAGGAACUCAGCACAAAUUCAUGUUAAGUCCAUAAAAGCAGAAUUAGGCCAUUCAGCCCAUUGAGUCUGCUCUGCCAUUCCAUCAUGGAUCCCACUCAACCCCCAUACACCUGCCUUCUUGCCAUAUCCUAGGAUGCCCUGACCGAUCAGGAAAUGAUCAACUUCCACCUUAAAUUUACCCACGGACUUGGCCUCCACCGCAGUCUGUGGCAGAGCAUUCCACAGAGUCACCACUCUCUGCCUAAAAAAAUCCCUCCUUACCUCUGUUCUAAAAGGUCACCCCUCAAUUUGGAGGCUGUGCCCUCUAGUUCUGGAUACCCCCACCAUAGGAAAAACCAUCUUAUGUAGUCCUUUCAAUAUCGGGUAACAAUAAACAGUGAUAACUCGGUCAGUGAUAAUAGAUCUUCUCUCUGCUCCUCACUGUACUGGUGUUGUCCUUCCUCGCUGGGAAGUGGGACGUGUCAAACUGGAAUCCAAAGCAGAAUCCUGAAGUGCACAUCGCCAGCGGUAAGGGCGAGGCUUCGGGCGGCAGGAGGCCGACCGGACUUUCUGGAAGGGCAGACUGGUCGCAACUGCCCCGCUCCCGAGGGCAGUGACUUUGCAUUUACUGUUUAGUCAGCUCUGGCGUGUGAUCUUCGCCCGGGAGCCGGGGGAUAAAGGUCCCGGCGCCAGCUGAGCGCCGGCGAUGGCGAGCGACGAGUGGAGCCGGAUCGAGCAAGCGAUCCGUACGGGUCUGGGGCUCCUCCGGGACCGGUACCUGCGCGGCACCGGAGGCCGGCCGGAGGAGAGGCCCCCGCCGGAGGCCGGCAGUGGCGCGGCGUCGCUGAACAGCCUGCCGGAAGAGUUACAACUUUACAUUGUGGCUUUGCUGCCCCCCAGAGACCUGUGUCAGCUGGGGUGUGUCAGUCGCCACUGGAACACCAUGGUCCGCGACCCACUGCUGUGGCGCUACUUUUUACUGCGAGAUCUCCCUCACUGGAAAUCUGUCGACUACCUGUCGCUGCCCGAUGCAGCCCUGCUCAGCAAACCACUCAUAGAUAUAACGGAGCAGGAUUAUAUGGCAACGUACAUAAGGAGCUGUCCCGAGGGCAGAAAGCACUGGAAAGUGAGAAACCCAGUCUACAGCUCCGUGACCUCCUUCUUCUAUUCCCUGGUGUCCCAGGCAGAACCUCGCUUUGCCAUGUUUGGACCUGGUCUGGAGCAGCUGGAUACCUCACUGGUUACAAAGAUGAUGAACUCGCCAAGGCUGCUGCCUGUGGCAGGCUUACCACAGAGGCAGAUUGAUGGAAUUGGCUCGGGAAUCAGCUUCUUUUUCAACAAAGAACUCAAGUUCAACAUCCUGACUUUAUUUUCAACAACCUGGAAGGAAAGAGAAAGCGCGCGGAGAGCAGAAAACACAGCUGUUAAUAAACUGUUUGUGCAACAAGAACUUGCUGAUGUGGACCAACGUGACGGAGAGAGUGCUCGGCAGAGGGGGACUUUUUACAGCAUCAUCCCUCAGGUCCAGCAGGUGUGCAGGAUAGUGGAUGGCUUCAUCUACGUGGCAAAUGCUGAAGUGCAGAGAGAGCACAAUCGUGGAGAGGAAAUUCUCCAGCUCCAGGCAAUGAUCAAUCCAGCUCUUGGUCCCCCAGGCCGCCCAAUCCUUGUAUUGUGCUGUGUUUCGCGACCUGACGUCCAACGGAUACCCUGUGUUUACAUAUCUCACCAGUUACGGUUAUCCCAACUUGAAGUGCCUUGGCUAGGAUACAGCCGAACAAGACAGCAUUCCUCUGGGCUAAGGUACAAAAACAUACACGCGCGUUCAAAAUAGCGAGAACGAAAAGAUCGUCACGCAAGAAAACACGUUUUAUUAGUCGGAGACCCUGAGCGACAUCCUGCAAAUUGAUGGUUCCUGGCGAUCCAGCCAUCAUUCGAACACCGGAGGGGAGCACCAGCAGGAAGAGCCACUCCAACUGAGCACGGGUGCUGCACUACACCGGCCUCCACCUGCACUGCGGCAGCUUGAGGCCAAGCUCUCGGUACAUUAGACAUCCCACCCUGCAAAAGCUCAUUUCAGGGAGGCAGCACCAUCAAUUUGCGGGAGACUCCCGGGAGAGGUGGGAUGUCUGCAGUAGAGUAGCUCCUUAGCAGCUAGCCAGCUAGUUUAAAUAACGUUCGCUAUGCUAAUGAACGAAUGACACCUGUUAAACUCACCUCAACAUGUCUCUUACAUUUUAACCCACCAUGGGCAAUAGAAAAGUCACUGUUGCAAACAGUGCAACGAGCAAAACUGUCAUUAUUUUUGACUCCUAUCAGGCAGGGGUACACUUUAGUGUAGUCUGGGAUGAAGUAUAUUUUCUUUUUUGGAACACUCUGCCAUGAUGCUCUCUCAUUCUCUCUCUCUUUCACUCUCAUUCUCUCUCUAUCUUUCUCUCUCUCAAAAAAUCGAUUUCCGGGAUAUUGUAAAUAAUUUGCGGGCGUCAAGGAGCCACUAUCAAUAUGCAGGAGACUCCCAGAACUUCUGAGAGAGGUGGGAUGUCUGCUACAUCCAAGGCUACACUGCUGCCUCUUUGCCUGUCUCACCACCAAACAAGGGAAAUGGGCCUGCGGCAAUCAAGAACACAAGAAAUAGGUGCAGGAGUAGGCUAUCCAUCCCAGUGAGCCUGCCCUGCCAUUCAAUAAGAUCAUGGCUGAUCUGGCCAUGGACUCAUCUCCUCCUCCUACCUUUUCCCCAUAACCCCUAAUUCCCCUACAAUGCAAAAACCUAUCCAACCUUGUCUUAAAUAUAUUUACUGAGGGAGCCUCCACUGCUUCAUUGGGUAGAGAAUUCCACAGAUUCACCACCCUCUGGGAAAAGCAGUUCCUCCUCAUCUCUGUCCUAAAUCUACUCCCUCAAAUCUUGAGGCUACAUCCCCUAGUUCUAGUCUCACCUACCAGUGGAAACAACUUUCCUGCCUCUAUCUUAUCUAUCCCUUUCAUGAUUUAUAUGUUUCUAUGAGAUCUCUCCCCAUUCUUCUGAAUCCCAGUGAGUACAGUCCCAAGUGUUUCAACCUUCCCUCACAGUCUAACCCCUUCACCUCUGGAAUCAACCUGGUGAACCUCCUCUCCACUGCCUCCAAAGCCAGUAUAUCCUUCCUCAAGUACAGAGACCAGAACUGCACACAGUACCCCAGGUGCAGCCUCACCAGUACCCUGUAUAGUUGCAGCAUGACCUCCCUGCUCCUAAAUUCAAUGUCCGACAGGGUGUUGUGAUUGCGAGAGAAACCUGAGGCUGCCACUGCAUGCUGCAUGUGGACACCAACCAAUGAUGGUGGUGGAAGAUGGUGGUCCAGAGCGGGUGGAGUCUUUGAUGUUGGCCACUUUACCAAGACAGUGGGAAAUUAUGCUGAGCAGAUUCUUUAACUGACCAGAUACACAAAAACACGACAUGGGCAUCUCUUCAUACAUUUAAGGUUCACAUAGAGUCAUAGAACACUACAGCACAGAAACAGGCCCUUCAGCCCAUCUAUUCAGUGUUGAACCAUUAAUCUGCCUCGUCCCGUCAACCUGCACCCAGACCAUAGCCUUUUAUAACCUUUCCAUCUAUGUACCCAUCCAAAUUUCUCUUAGAUGUUGAAAUCAGCCCACAUCCACCAUUUAUGUUGGCAGCUCGUUCCACAUUUCUCACCACCCUCUGAAUGAAGUUCCCCCUCAUGUUCUUAAACAUUUCAUCCUUAAUCCAUGACCUCAGGUUGUAGUCUCACCCAGCCUCAGUGGAAAAAGCCCACUGGCAUUUACUCUAUCUGUGCCCUUCAUAAUUUUGAAUAACUUAAUCAAAUCUCCACUUAUUCUUCAAAGCUCAGGUGAAUAAAGUCCCAACUUAUUAAAACUUUCCCUAUAACUCUGGUCCUCAAGUCCCAGCAAAAUCCUUCGACAUUUUCACUACAUUCUUUCAAUCUUAGUUUAUAUCUUUCCUGUAGGUGGGUGACCAGAACUCAAUACAAUACUCCAAAUUAGGCCUCACCAAUGUUUCAUACAACUGAAGAUAAUAUUCAAACCAUAGUACUCAAUGUUUUUGAUUUAUGAAGGCCAAUGUGCCAAAUAGAGUUACAAGAAAAAAAAUUAAAUCACUUAGAUCUGAAAUACCCUUUCUUAAUGAGAUGACAGUACAGAAUAUUUAAAACGUCUGUUAGCAGGACAAGGACUUUGGUUGUGUUAUAACCACACAUGGCCUCAUGGUGGCGACAUGGUACCUAUGAUGAGAAUGGUUUGGGCCCUAAUUGGGCUGGGGUAAAUUAAUGCAAUUUCAAGUUCCUGGUUGUCAAUAUCGCUGAGGAUCUAACCUGGACACAAUUAUUGAUGCAGUUAUAAAGAAGGCAAGACAGCAGCUAAAUUUCAUUUGGAGUUUGAGGAGAUUUGGGUUGUCACCUAAAUACUUGAAAACUUCUACAAAUGUAACGUGGAGAGCAUUCUGACUGGAUACACCACUGGCUGGGAUGAGGGUGUGGGGGCUACUGUACAGGACUGAAAGUAGCUGCAGAAAGUUGUAAAAUUAGUCAGCUCAAUCUUGAGUACUAGCCUCAUAGUAACCAAGAUAUCUUCAAGUAGCAGUGGCUCAGAAAGGCAGUGUCCCCCAUCACAAAGGAGAUGCCCUCAUUGUUACCAUCAGAUAGGAGAUACAGAAGCCUGAAGGCACACACUCAGCGAUUCAGGAACAGCUUCUUCCCCUUUGCCACCCGAUUCCAAAAUGGACAUUGAUCACAUGAACUCUACCUCUCUUUUAUUGUUUCUCUUUUUUGCUCUGUUUUUAAUUUAACAUUUAAUAUACAUAUAUACUUACUGUAAUUGAUUUACUUUCUUUCCCAGUAUUAUCAUGUAUGGCAUUGAACUGCUGCUGCCGUUAACAAAUUUCACAAAAUAAGCUGAUCUGAUUCAGCCUCCUCUUUAGGAAAAUAAUCAGUGGUUCUGCAGUGGAUAGCACUUUCACUAGUUCUAGUGUGGUGCAUUCAAGACUUGCUCAAGCUCCAGUUUCCUCCCACAGACCAAAGAUGUACCGGUUAGUAGGUUAAUUGGUCAUUGUAAAUUGUCCUGUGAGUAGGCUGGGAUGAAAUAGUUGGGUUGCUCAGGGUCAAAAGGGCCUGAUGCAUGCAGUAUCUCUAAAUAAAUAAUAAAUAAAAUACAUUCCCUGUGGCAUACUCUUGAGAACAUGAUCUCUCAGGUCAGACGUUAAACUGGGGUCCUUGGCAAGAAUAUGGGAAUGAGCCCAAGCUGGACUGGGUUCCUCCACAGGAAUAAGGGAACGAUCCCAAGCUGGACUAGGUUCCUCCACAGGAAUAAGGGAACGAUCCCAAGCUGGACUGGGUUCCUCCACAGGAAUAAGGGAACGAUCCCAUGCUGAACUGGGGUUCUCGGCAAGAAUAUGGGAACGAUCCCAAGCUGAACUGGGGUUCUCGGCAAGAAUAUGGGAACGAUCCCAAGCUGAACUGGGUUCCUCCACAGGAGUAUGGGAACGAUCAAGCUGUUAGUUCUAAUUUAUCCAGGGCCCAACACAUCGAUGCAGUCACAAGGGCGGUACACUAGCAUCUCUACAUCUUUUGGUUAUGUCACAAAAGUCACUUACAGAUUUUGCAGAGAGAGUUCAGACUGGCUGCAACGUCACUGCAUUGCAAGAGGCCACAGCUCCAUCACAUGCACAUCCCUCCCCAGGACUGAGGACAUCUCCAGGAGGCAGCAUCCAUCACUAAGGACCCUCACCACCUCAGACAUCCUCCCCUCACAUUACUGCCAUCAGAGAGGAGGUACUGGAGGCUUGAAGACACACAGUCGAUGAUUCAGAAACAGCCUUUUCCUGUCCACCAUCAGAAAUCUGAAUGGUCCAUUGUUCCGAUGCUUUGCACUAUUUAUAAAUUUCAGGUUGCUGCUGCAAAGCAACACAUUUCACAACUAUGAUAGUAAAUCUGAUUUUGGUGAAGAGGGACGGAGUUGAUUUGAUCAGUAGUUAUUAUCGUAUCGCUGUGUGUGGAGUUUCAGGAUGCAGGCUGUCUGCUUGCUCUAUGUAAGUUUACAGAUUUUGCUACUUUCCAAAAGUCCAGAAAGACCCGAGUGCAACAUGUGUAUAAUUUUAAAUUGACAGUUAAAUCCAUCUGGUCCAGGGCAGAAAUCCGCUGCCUUGUUCAGCACAAUUAAAGAUGGAAAAAUAAAUGUUGUCCCACUGGAAAAUGAAUAACUAUUAAAGAAAGCUUUUCCCUUAUAAAUCAACAUCUCCAAUUCUUAUUACUCUACCACCCUAUCGCCACUGCAAGUUCAAAGUAAAUUUAUUAUCACAGUACGUACAUGUCACCACAUACAACCCUGAGAUUCAUUUAUUCAGGCAUACUCAGUAAAUUGGAGAACCAUAAUGGAAUCAGUGAAAGACCAUGCCCAAUCAGAUGUGCAAAAGACAACAAACUGUGUUAAUCCAAAUGAGAAAAAUAAAUAAAUAAACAAUAAAUAUCAAGAACAUGAGAUUGAAAGUCCUUGAAAGUGAGUCCAUCGGUUGUGGGAGCAGUUCAGUGAUGUGGUAAGUGAAGUUAUCCUCUUGAUGAAUGUUGCUUUCCUGUGACAGUGCACCCUGUGGAUACGCUCAGUAAUGGGGAGAGCUGUAUCCAUACUUUUUGUAGAAUUAUCCAACCAAGAGCUUUGGUGCUUCUUUACCAGACUGAGAUGCAGCCAGUCAGUAUACUCUGCACAACACACCUGUUUGUCAGAGUGUUAGGUGUCAUGCUGAAUCAUCGCAAAUUCCCAAGGAAGUAGAAGCACUGUUGUAAUUUCACUUCAAUUGCCCUCCCAAAUGGUAGCACCAAGUAAUUUAAAGUUACUGACUCUGAUUCCCCGAUGAACCCUGGCUUGUAGACCUCCAGUUCCCUCUUCCUGAAGUCAAUAAUCAGCUCUUUGAUUUUGCUGACACUAAGUGUGAGGUUGUUGUUGUGGCACCACCAAUCUCCCUCCUAUAUGCUGAUUGAUCACAACCUUUGACUCGGCCAAUGACAGUGGUGUCAUCAGCAAGGUUAGGUAUGGCAUUGGAGCUGUGCUUAGCCUCACAGUCGUAAGGGUAAUGCGAGUAGAGUAGAUGGCUAAGCACACAGCCUUGUGGUACCCCUGCGUUGAUUGAGAUUGUGGAGGAGAUGUUGUUGCCAGUCUAAACUGAUGGGUCUGCAAGUAAAGAUCCAAUUGUACAGGAUGUGCUGAGGCCAAGGUCUCAAAGCUUAUUAGUUUUGAAGGGAUGAUGGUAUUGAAUGCCAAGCUGUAGUCGAUAAAGAGCAUCCUGAUGCACGUACCUUCGCUGUCCAGAUGUGCCAGCGUUGAGUGAAGAGCUAAGGAUAUGGCAUCUACUGUGGACCUGUUCUGCUGGUAGGCAAUUGGAGCAGACUGAAGUCACUCUCAGGCAGGAGUUGAUAUGUUUCAUCACCAGCCUCUCAAAGUGCUUCAUCACAGUGGAUCGAAGUGGCUGAUAGUCUGAGGUACCACGUUGUUCUUAGGCACUGGUAUAAUCGAAGCCGCUUGAAGCAGGUGCGUACCUCAGUCUGCUGAAGCAAGAUGUUGAAGAUAUCAGUGAACACACCAGACAGUUUGUCAGCAUGGGUCUUUAGUACUCAGCCAAGUUCUCCGAAUGGACUGGAUUCACUCUCUAAAGGCAAGCCACAUGUCAUCUUCAGAUACUAAGAUCGGGAGGCAUGGGGGUGCGUGAUUGUUCCUCCACGUUCUGGUGGUCAAAGCGAGCAUGGAAGACAUUCAGCUCAUCUGGAAACAAAUUUCAGCUGUUCCCUAUGUCACUAGAUUUAUCUUUGUAGGAUGUUAUGGCAUUCCAACCCUGCCACAGCUGUCAAGCAUCCCUCGUUGAUUCUAGUCCAGUCCGGAAUCUCCACUUCACCCACCAGAUGGUUUUCUGGAGAUCGUACCUGCAACUCCUGUGGCAUUCUUGAUCUCCAGACUUGAAUGCUGCUGAUCUAGCCCUCAGAAAAUUCCAGAUUUGAUGGUACAUCCAAGACUUCUGAUUGGGGUAAAUCCUGAAAGAUUUCAUGAGGACACACUUAUCUACAGCUGUUUUAAUAAAGCCUCCAGGGAAUAUUGGAUUUGUAUGCACAGGAUAUACACAAUGAAUAGUAGGGAAUGCUGAGGAAUAGGGAAGCCUGGGCGUACAAGUCCAUAGUUCCCUGCAGGUGGUAGCACAGGUAUAUAUGAUGAAGAAGGCAUAGGGAAGACACUAGACUCGAGAUGGCAUAUACUGGAAUCUGGACCAAGUAAACAACCUGCUGGUGGAAUUCAGAAGGUCAGGCAGCAUCUGGGGAGGAAAAACUCUUGAGAUGCCUUGGGCCUUCAUUAGCUGGUGCUUAAAAUAUAAGAGCAGGGAGGAUAUAGUAUGGCUUUAUAAAACAGUUUAGAGGUGAUAUCUGGAAUAUUGUAACUUUGGAUUCCACAGUAGGAAGGACAGGAUUGCUUUGGGAGUGUGCAAAGGAGAUUCACAGAUAUAAUGUCGAAGUUUAUGAGGGUGACUGGACAGGCUGGGCCUUCUUUUUCUUCGAUCAAAUUAAAUUAAUCUCUCCUGCCUACACAAAGUCAAUAGAGUAUUUUAUUUUUAUUUUAUUGAGAUGCAGCGCAGAAUAGCUGAGUGAGCACUAGGGGGCAUGGACUGCAGCCCUCUGAGCCAUGCUGCCCAUCAAUCCCACCGUUUCAUCCUAAUUUAGUCACAGGGCAAUUAACAAUAAUGAAUUAACCUAAACUGCUAUGUCUUUGAAAUGUGGGAGGAAACCGGUGCACCCAGAGGAGGCCCACACAGUCAUGGGGGCAGCAUGUAGAUAUUAAGAAAGAGGAUGUACUGGAGGUUUUGGAAAGCAUCAAGUUGGAUAAGUGGCCAGACCAGAUGAGAUGUACCUCAGGCUACUGUGGGAAGUGAGGGAGGAGAUUGCUGAGCCUUUGGCGAUGAUCUUUGCAUCAUCAAUGAGGACGGGAGAGGUUCCGGUGGAUUGGAGGGUUGCAGAUGUUGUUCCUUUAUUCAAGAGAGGGAGUAGAGAUAGCCCAGGAAAUUAUAGACCAGUGAGUCUUACUUCAGUGGUUCGUAAGUUAAUGGAGAGGAUCCUGAGAGGCAGGAUUUGUGAAGAUUUGGAGAGGUAUAAUAUGAUUAGGAAUAGUCAGCAUGGCUUUGUCAAGGGCAGGUCAUGCCGUACGAGCCUGAUUGAAUUUUUUGAGGAUGUGACUAAACACAUUGAUGAAAGAAGAGCAGUAGAUGUAGUGUAUAUGGAUUUCAGCAAGGCAUUUGAUAAGGUACCCCUUGCAAGGCUUAUUGAGUAAGUAAGGAGGCAUGGGAUCCAAGGGGACAUUGCUUUGUGGAUCCAGAACUGGCUUGUCCACAGAAGGCAAAGAAUGGUUGUAGACGGGUCGUAUUCUGCAUGGAGGUUGGUGACCAGUGGUGUGCCUCAGGGAUCUGUUCUGGGACCCUUACUCUUGGUGAUUUUUAUAAAUGACCUGGAUGAGGAAGUGGAAGGAUGGGUUAGUAAAUUUUCUGAUGACACAAAGGUUGGGGGUGUUGUGGAUAGUGUGGAGGGCUGUCAGAGGUUACAUUUUUAAAAAAAAAUAUUUAUUUAUUAAAUUUUAGAACAUUACAAGAAUAAAUGUGAUGAUAAAAUAGUAAGAAAAAUAAUAUUAACUCUCCCCCCUCCCCUUGACCCUCCCCCCCUUAACCC